AUGCGGGCCUACUCCAAGAAUGGUGUCCUCGCCACCACAAUCAGGUACCAACACUACGUGAGCAUGUAUUUGGAGCGAAUGCUGCCAAACUUCAACAUGGGUCCUUUUGAGAGCGAAAGCUACUACUUGCCGACUCCACAACCGAAGGCUGAUACGCCGUCCGUUUCUCCCAUCUCCCAACCCAUCAGUCCGGUGUCGGUUGAAUCUGAAUCCAGCUGUUCGAGUCCAGAGGCCAAACCAUCCUCAGGGGAAGCUCGUGUCAGGAGACCGUUGAACGCCUUCAUCAUAUGGACGAAGGAGGAGAGAAGACGUCUCGCGCAACUCAACCCAGAGCUCGAGAACACAGAUCUUAGCAAAAUCCUUGGUAAGACAUGGAAGGCCAUGAGCCUGGCUGAGAAGAGGCCCUACAUGCAGGAGGCCGAGAGGCUGAGAGUGCAGCACACCAUCGACCACCCCAACUACAAGUACCGACCCCGACGCCGCAAGCAGCUCCGCAAGGCCACCAAAGCCGCACCGUGUGACAAGCCCAUGCCCGGGGACAACAGCGUCGCCAUCAAGGCCUACGGCAGCCCGUACAAUGUCAACUAUCUGCUGCAGAGCCCACACCACACGCAGCAACAGCAGCACAGCUACUCGCACACCGCUCCCUACUCCAGCGCACACUACAUGGCAACGUACCCCAGCGCCUACUCUAUGGGUUACCCACACACCAUACCUUAUGCCCAUCGCGGAAACCUGCUUCCAGAUGGGCCGUCUCCAAAUCCCCCAGCCUACCUGAACGCGGCGGCGGCCCACCCGGAGGACUAUUACCCUGGCCAACUAGCGGGGCCUCAGCAGUGGGCAGGGGCAGCCGGCAGCCUAGAGCAUCCAGACUGGAGGGGGCCAGGCUGUGGCUGCUCGCUGUGCAGCGGAGGCCUGUCGCUAGAGUUCUACCUGGAGCAGGUGAGGCUGGACAUGCUGGAUGAACUGGACCGUAGUGAGUUCGAGCAGUACCUCAACCCAGUGGUCAAGCCCAAAGACUGA